CCAUCAAUCAGUUCUCGAGUUUGACCCAAAUUCAAACAAAAAAAAACAAACCCCAACCCGAUAUUGGAGGUUUUCUUACUCAAAUUUGUAGUUCCAUUAUUGUGGUUUUUCUUUUCUUUUUCGAUAGCCGGGUGGCAUGUUUCGUAGUGUGCCCAUCCUGCCGCUUCUUUACGGGGCUCGCAGCCUCUGGGAUUACCAUAGCCGGAGUCUCGGCUUCCCCGUACUGCAGGCCUCCGGGACAGCCGAUGAUUUCUGCGAGAUUCCCCUGGAGCAACGGCAGAAGCGGGGUCCUCCCACCCACCAUCGCGCCCACUUUCGGGAGAUGCGUAUACUGGAGUACGAGAAUCGUUUGCGCCUGUACUCCAGCCCGGAGAAGGUGUUCCGGUAUUUUGCCACCAUCAAAAUGAAGCACAAGUCCGGCCGUUGGGAGGUGUACAUGACGCCGCCGGACUUUAUGCGGGCCAUAACGCCGGGCUCCCGGCGACAGCCGGAGAGCCUGGGCCUGGACAAGUUCUACAAAGUAUCGGAGGGGCAUAUGCACAAGCAUCGCUGCUCAUCGUUGAGCGACAACAGCAUAUUCUAUAGCUUCCAGAAGGACGGACUCCUCAGCUUCGGGGACUAUCUGUUUCUGGUGAUGCUGCUGUCCGUGCCGGAGCGUUACUUUGAGCUGGCCUUUCGCCUGUUCGACGUCAAUGGUGAUGGGAAUCUCUCCCACGACGAUAUGAAUCUGUAUCUAUCGAAAGUCUGCCAGGGGGAUGGUUCGCGAAAGCUGGCCAGCGAGGUCCUGCAUCUGGAGUUUCAGGCUCUAUUGAAGAGCUCCAAGACGGUGAUCAGCGAGGUGGCCUUUACCAAAAUGCUGAUGGCCUAUUCCACGGCCAACAGCCUGGAACGUGCCACAAUGCUGCAUCGCGUCCAGGAGAAGUACAAGAAUUCCGAUAAGGGCGUGACACUCGAUGAGUUUCUGACCUUCUUUCGGUUCCUCAAGGAUGUGGCCGCCGUGGACUCGGCCCUCACGUUCCACUAUCUGAGCGGGGCGGAUAUCUCGCGUCAGACCCUGCGGCACAUUGCCCACGUGGUGGUCGGUGUGCAUCUCACCGAUCAUAUUAUUGAUAUCAUUUUCACCAUCUUCGAUACGGACGAUAAUGGUAUACUGAGUCGCACGGAUUUCUUUGAGACGCUGCGCGAUCGCUUUGCCCGAACACCGAGGCGGAAGACCCCCCAUCUGGCCGCCCUGAUGGGUAUUGCCUGUAGGUGUGCCACCCAGGUGUUUGUCGAUCGAUAUUUGCACUGAGAUGCGCUCCAAAGGCUUUUAGCAGGGUCCUCCCUCCCUCCCUGGAUCCAAGAACAAAGAGGUGGCACGUCAAUUGAGGCUACGACAGGAGAUGAAGUUGGAGUUGGAGUGGUGACUAGAUGCUGCACAAAAGCGCAGUCUGUUUGCCUUCGACUUGAAACGUUUCAACUUCAGGAGAAGAAGCGACUCUCCGCGCCUCUCCCCGCCGCACCGCCCCGUCAAGUGGAAACAAGUUGAAAAAUGAAGCGAACCUCAAGGAUGAAAUCCAUUUUGUUGUCUCGACACUUGAGCGGCGUCUGCCAAGAGUGUUGCGAAAAUUCAAAUAUAAAACAGAUUCUUACAAAGCCGUA